AGGCUGACAGAAUGUGGGUAAGGGCGGUGUCGCGGGCCAGCUGCCCAGCCGCGGAGCCUGCAAACAUGGCGAGUGCGGCUGUGCACGCAAUCAGCGGUGCAUCGUGCGCUACUGGGGUGACCAUGGCACCCGCCAAGGCCCUCCAGGUGGUGGAAGUGGGGCCGGGGGACAAGAAGCUGACCGCAGAAGAGGCCCCAGUAAGGGCAGAGGAGAAGCCAGGUGGGAGCAGCGCGCGGCCACCCCUGGAGGCGCUGGCGGCCCUGCAGUGCCAGCUGAGGGCCGAGAGCGCCCGAGGCCACAGGGUCUACCUUGGUGUGAAGCUGGCCUCGGCCGAGCGGCGGAAGCCCAUUCUAGAGCGUAGGCGGAGCAUCAUCCAGUGCAUCCCUGGUUUCUGGGCCAAAGCCAUUCGGAACCACCCCCAGAUAUCAGACAUCAUCAGUGAGCAAGAUGAAGACAUGCUUGAGUACUUGGUCACUCUGGAGGUGAGGGAACUGGGUGGGCCGAAGUACCGCUGCAGGUUGAUGUUCUUCUUCCGGAGCAACCCCUACUUCCUGAAUGAAGUGAUCAUCAAGGAAUAUCGUCUGAGCCUUGCAGGCUAUCGGGCCACUCGUUCGACCGUGGUCCACUGGUUCUGGGACUACGAACGGGGGGCGCCCAGCCGCAGGCUUGACACAACCAGCGUCAACCUCUUCAACUGGCUGUCAGAGCACAGUCUUCCAGGCUCGGGCAAGAUUGCUGAGCUCAUAAGUGAGGACCUGUGGCCCAGCCCCCUGAGGCACUACCUCAGGGGUACAAAGGCCCCAGUGGAGGGAGCCCAGACAGGACCGGUCGUCGCUGAGGAGCCUGUGGGCUAGGUGUGUGCAGGAACAAAGGCUGCCCAAGGGAUCGCCUGUGGAUGUGGGCGCAGAGAGUUUCCCUCAUGUACCUGAGUGACGGGGGAAGGCACAUAAAGUUCUCAGCAGUG